AUGGGUAUCACUUUGAGUGACAUGACCGAGAAAGAAUCGUUCUUACCGGUUGCGAGGCAAUCAGCCGCCGCGACGUCAGGAAGGAUUUGCUCCACUGUGACAUUAUUUCCUAUUUAUGCGGCACAGCGACUACUCUCAUGUCUUGGGUAUUCGCACUCUAUCCGUAUGCAGAGCGGUCGGACGGUCAAUAUCUGCUCGGAGAUUGCUCAAGGUGGAUUUUCUAUUGUAUACAAGGCAAGAGAUAGUGACACAGGUGAAGCAUUUGCACUCAAGAAGAUAUUAUGUCAGACACAUGAGCAAGUACAGUCGGUCAAGGCAGAGAUCCAGACGCACAAGGCCUUUAAUCAUCCAAAUAUUAUGCCAUUGAAUGAUUACGCUGUGGUGUCAACUGGACCAGAAACGUUCGAGUAUUAUUUACUCUUCCCCUUCAUGGAGAACGGGACAUUGCGGGAGAUGAUUGACACUGCAAUCAGCCAAGACGUGCGGAUCACAGAAGCGCAAAUUCUUGAUAUGUUCCUUCAGAUUUGUCGAGCUGUAGCAGAGUUGCACCUCAAAUCGCCACCUCUAGCACAUCGUGAUAUCAAACCGGACAAUAUCAUGUUGUCAGACGAUGGUGACCCGCUGCUGACGGACUUUGGCUCGGUCACCCCGGCUGAUGUCAUUAUCUCAAAGCGCUCAGAUGCUCGCUUGCUGCAAGAGCACGCUGCACAGCACAGCUCAAUGGCGUAUCGUGCACCAGAGCUCUAUGAUGUGCCGGAUUUCACCCAUAUAUCCAGUGCCACCGAUGUGUGGUCGCUGGGCUGUUUGUUGUAUUCCAUGGCAUUUGGGUACUCCCCAUUCGAAUGUUCUUUCUACGACUCGGGCGUCGUGCGCGUCGUCGAGUGCACAUAUUUAGCAAUUAUCGGACCAAUUAAGUUCCCCAAAAAUUGCCCGUACUCGCCAAAAUUUUGCGAGAUGAUUCGAUGGAUCCUGACCCAAGACACUACUGCGCGACCAUCUGUAUUUGACGUGAUUGAACGAUUACAAAAUUAG